AUGCGAUUCUUAGCUAUGAAACUAGUGGAGUUUCGUUGUUCCGUUUCAGCCACUUGCUCUGCUGAUAGCAAAAGCUGUGAAUGUCUGCCAGGCUUCACGGGCGAAAUCUGUGAUGAUAUGUGCCCAGAUGGAAGAUGGGGAGCGGGUUGCAACCAGAUAUGCGGUUGCGAAGGAAAAAGCUGCGACCCAGUGACGGGAUCUUGCCGCUGCUCUUCUCCAGAAGAGUGCCCACAGGGUCCAUGUCCACCAGGGUUUUACGGUCCUAUGUGCGAACUGAAGUGCCGCAUGGCAUGUCCGGAUGGCCGUUGCGAUCCUGUUUAUGGGUACUGUACUUGUGAUGAAGGGCUCUAUGGAGAAAACUGUGACAAGUGA